CAGAUACAUUUGUAUAACUUGUAAAAUGUUUUUCGUCGUGCAAUGUAACAGGCUAAAGAAUAGUACGAACGCAUAAACCGUGAAGUUUAAUGAAAAAGAUCAUUUCGAUUAAAUCGAAUAAACUUUAAGCUGUCAUAUUUGGCUAAACCAAGGAAGUAAUCUUAUUCCUUUUUUAUAUUUAAUUGCGACGAAUAUGUGACAAGUUCACUAUGUAUAAUAGGAUAUAUAUUAAAAGUUUAACAGUUGUUUAUUUCGCUUUACAUCAAACAAGCAUUUGUUUGGGGCAGCUAAAUGUCACAUUCGGCGAUAUUGCGACUAUUCCGUGUACAUCCAAUUCAGUUUACCCGUCAUGGUAUGGACCAGAGAUGGUAAAUGGCCAGAAUAUACAGUACAAUAGUGCUGGGAACAAUGUUUUCAAUAAUAUUCAGAUUCCGAUUCAGAAGAGAAAUAGACUUGGGUGGGCCAGUGAUUUGAAAGGUCUUGUCAUGAGAAAUGUAUCUGUUGCUGAUGAAGGACGAUAUGUAUGUAAUGGUAGUGAGACAUCUCUGACUGUGAGAGUUAGACCUAGUCGGCUAACAAUUGAGCAAAUAUCUGUUGCAUCAGCUGGAAAUAGAGUGGAGGUUAAUUGCACCUCUACAGUCAGUAAACCUGCGGCAAAUUUAAGAUGGGUGUACAAAAACGAAAGCUUGCUUGGACGACAGGUUUCAGUUCUUGAUAAUAUAACAAAGACGUAUACCGUAACAUCUAUUUUGGAAAUGCAAGCAGUAGCCGAUGAUAACGGACGAAGUGUUCUAUGCAUUGUAUCGCAUCCAUUACUGGUAAACCAGAUGCAGUCCAAUGCAUCUGUCGAUCUUAAAAUUUUGUUUCCUGUAAAGCCCGCUUCCACUAAGAUAACUGGCAAUGAAGUUGCAAAUGAACCAGGACAAUCGUCACUGACAUUGAACUGUACAACUGGAUCAUCAAAUCCUGCAUCCGAUAUAAAAUGGUUCAAUGGCUCAUUGAACUAGAAAAUGGUCAACGAUACAUAGAAUGUCUGGCGAAAACAACGGUGUAGUAAGAUCACAGAUUCUUGUUUUAUAUCCGACACGAUACAUGAACGGCAAUGAGAUAUCGUGCUCAGUUUACAAUACUGAAAAUUUGGAAACACCAGUCAAAGAUUCCGCCAAACUCAGUAUACAAUUUAAACCCCUUACAACUACCAUAACUGGAAACAACAACAUUAUUGCUAAUGGAAUAACAGCUUUAACAUUAGACUGCACGUCGGGAAGUUCUAAUCCAAUAUCUGACAUCACAUGGACAAUAAACAAUGUUAUUUCAAAGGCAACACAAGAUUUGUUCAAUCUAAGUGGAGAAUAUGGUGGUAUAAAACGUCGACAGAGAUUAAUACUGACUCCAACACGCGACAAUGAUGGAGACAUAGUUUCUUGUGAAGCUCAAAAUAUCCUAGGAACAUCUGAAAGAAUUAAAGAAACAUUGGAUCUAAGAUAUCGUCCAAUUAUUGAGCAGAUGUCAAAUGUAGUUGUCGUCGAAGGUAACAAUAGUGAGCUUAUGUGUGUCGCUUCAAGUAAACCGGCGUCUACAUUUAAAUGGUACAAACAGGGACAACAAACACCAGUAAACCAAGGCUCUGGAGCAAUUGGCAAUAACAAAUUACCGUUUGUUCUUAUCAAUGUAAGGAAGCAAGAUGCUGCAACUUACAGGUGUAAUGCAAAUAAUGGAGUCGAAGUGGCGGAUGACGAAACAGUUCUUCUUACUGUACACUAUCCACCUGAUGUCACUGUGGUUGGAAGUAACACAUCAAUUAAAGCUACCAAUAUAGUUAUAACAUGCAAUGCUAUGGGUUUACCAGGCAAUAAUUAUAGAUACGGAAAAUGGGUUCAGACAUGGCCGGGGCAUAGCUUGCCUUUAUCAGAAAAACCAGGAAGCAAAACGCUCCAACUGACUGAUUUGACAUAUGAACAUUCAGGCAUUUACACGUGUUCUGCCAGUAACGGUAUUAGAGUAUUUGGGACAGAUAAGGAAUUUAUUGAGGGAUCAGCACAAAUACUUAUUAAAUCAUUUCCUAUUGUUACUAAAUUUACCAAGAAAGUAACAGCAAAGUUGAAUGAUCGUCUUAAUAUCGAACUCGAAUAUUACUCGAAUGCAGGUGUGACGGACGUGAAGGUUUAUAAAAAUGUAAACGGUUUAAGACAAACAGGACCAAAUUAUUCUCUAUCAAAGCGAGGUGUACUUGUAGACUUGCCGGUGUUUACACAGAUUGUUAAGACAAAUGGUGUUAAAUUAAUUAUAUCUUUUACUGUUAUGUCUAAGAAAGACAUUGGAUAUUUCGAUAUUGUUUUGUCAAACGAAGUGGACUCUACUUUUCAAACAGUGGAAAUUGUUCCUGAUGGCCCACCAGGUGUUUCUAAAAAUAUAACCGUAGACAACAUUCAACAAACCACUGCACGUGUUUUGUGGCAACAAGGAUAUCAUGGUGGAUUUCCUCAGACUUUUUUGAUACAGCUUAGUACUGACAGGGUACAGUGGGAAAAUGUUGAAACAGUUUAUGGCGGGACGGAUGAAAGUGAAGAUCUUAAGCAAAAGGUCUUAACUGACCUCAGUCAUUCAACGACAUAUUUCAUACGAAUCUAUGCGUUUAAUAGAGCAGGCAAUAGUCCUUUCUCUCAAUAUCAGAACUUCACGACACAUCAAAUCUUAAGGUCUGACUCCAGAAGUUUGUCUGUUGGCGGAAUUGUAGGCGGAACGUUGUCGGCACUUGUUGUUAUAGUCCUGAUAGUGGUUCUUGUAGUACUUUUCCGCAGAAAAACAAUCACAAAAGACGGCAUCAGGACCCGGCUACAAACAAUAUUAAGUGCUAUAAGAAAACAAAACCAUGAGCAAGGACAGCAACAAUGCCAGCAAACAGAGAUGAACAACUAUGCCGAUAACAACAUAUAUGAACAGACUAAAGUUCCAGCUGCCGAGAUUAAAUCAAAUGACAAAGCUAACAAAAUAAAUCUGUAUGAAAAGCUUCAGCGUUCAAAUAACAGUGAAAAUCCAAAUGCGUAUGAUAUGAUAAAAGUUGAAAAAGAAACGACAGCUGAUGGUAAAGUGGAGUAUGAAAAUCUACCAAAGAAAACACAUACAACAGAUGCAUUCAAAACUGAAAUAGCAGAAAAACUAGGUAAAAGAAAGAACCGGAUUUACGAAAACUUGAAACCUGGUGGUGUGAAAGGUAUAAAGAAGAAAUAAGUGACAGCUGAAUAUGUUACAGAUAUUAUAAGCUUGAAGCCCAAGUCAUUGGUCUGUUGUAAAAGAUCAAAGUGAAGUGAUUGCAAGGCCGAAAUACAGACCUGCUAAUGCGAAUACUGUGUAAGAUAACAGUGGAAUAGCUAUUCUGUGAGAGUGUUCAUUUUGUAACGACAGUGUGCAAUUCAGUGUGUGCAAAUAUAUAUGUUUAAUGAUAUAUCAAGGAAUCUAAGUAAACUAUUUUGUAUAUCAAUUACCAUCCAUCGAUAUCAUUUGAAAUAUUAUUUCAUUCUGCUGUUGAAAUAUUUAUUUAUUUAUUUGUUGUUGUUUGUAACAUCAGUUUUAUAUUUAUUUGACUCUAUACAGUCAAUAAAAGGAGAUAUUUAAGUUAUUACGACUACUUUUAAAACACUUUUUCUCUUGUAUAUUUAAUGUUGCAAUUCAAAUUGUAAAAAAAUGUAUUGAAAACAAAAUCACCAGGCGAACUUAUUAUUUGUCAAGAUGAAAUGAGAUUCAAGUUAGUCCUUACCAAUCGGGUGAAAAAACAAUAUGAACGACCACUAAAUUACAAAUUAUAUAAAAACAGCCACUUUACGGCUGUACUCAUAUUGUUUCAUUUUUUAACAAACAACCAAAACAAAAAAGAGAAUAAUACAAGCAAAAUGUCAAGAAAAGAUGUUAAUAAUACACAUUAGAUUUUUAUAGUGAAAUAAAGGCAUGCGAAACUUUUA